AAGCCUUCUUCUUCUCUUCAGUUCCCAACUUCCUCUUCUUGAGAGUAGUAGCUCUUUCAUCACCCGCUCAAAAACCAAAAUUUUUUUUCUUCUACUCAUCUUAUCUUGAAUUCUGCAUUAUAAAAAAAGAGCUAUCUAUCUGUCUUGCCAACAUCAUCAAUGGCUUGUUUGGAGAUGCGUAAGGAGGGUAAGUUCAAAGAGGAUCAAGAAGAAUACACUAAUGAUGGAACAGUUGAUUGGCAUGGUCAUCCUGCUAUUAAAAAGAAAUCUGGGAAGUGGGUUGCUGGAAUUAUCAUCCUUUUGAACCAAGGUCUGGCAACCCUUGCAUUCUUUGGCGUAGGAGUGAACUUGGUGCUGUUCCUAACAAGAGUUUUGCAACAGAACAAUGCUGAUGCUGCUAACAACGUUAGCAAAUGGACUGGAACCGUCUACAUCUUCUCUCUCGUCGGUGCUUUCCUUAGCGAUUCCUACUGGGGAAGAUACAAAACUUGUGCCAUUUUUCAAGUCAUUUUUGUCAUAGGUCUGGUGUUAUUGUCACUGUCAUCAUACCUUUUCCUGAUCAGACCAAAAGGAUGUGGUGAUGAACUGACUCCAUGUGGAUCCCAUUCAAGCGUGGAAGUCGGAUUUUUUUACCUCCCUAUUUAUCUAAUUGCUCUUGGAAAUGGAGGAUAUCAGCCUAACAUUGCUACAUUUGGGGCUGAUCAGUUUGAUGAAGAGGACCCUAAGGAAGGACACUCAAAAGUGGCAUUUUUUAGCUACUUCUACCUAGCUUUGAACCUGGGCUCCCUCUUCUCCAACACUAUAUUGGGGUAUUUUGAAGAUGAAGGGAUGUGGGCGCUAGGCUUCUGGGUUUCAACAGGCUCUGCCUUAGCAGCAUUGAUCUUGUUUCUUGGAGGAACAGCCAGAUACAGGCACUUCAAACCUACUGGUAACCCUCUUUCCAGGUUCUGUCAAGUCUUUGUUGCUGCAACAAAGAAGUGCAGCGUCCAAAUGCCAGAAGAUGCAGAGGACUUGUAUGAUGUAGAUGGAAAAGAGUGCUCUGUGAAUGGCAACAGAAAGAUACUCCACACUCAUGGAUUCAAGUUCUUGGAUAGAGCAGCUUUCAUCUCAUCAAGAGAUAUGGAUGACCAGAUGCAGGGUUGUCGCAAUCCAUGGCGUCUCUGCCCAAUUACACAAGUGGAAGAAGUUAAAUGUAUAUUGAGACUACUCCCAAUUUGGCUCUGCACCAUAAUCUACUCGGUGGUUUUCACACAGAUGGCUUCUCUGUUUGUAGAACAAGGUGCUGCAAUGAAAACUACCAUCUCAAACUUCAGAAUCCCUCCUGCCAGCAUGUCUAGCUUUGACAUUCUCAGUGUAGCAUUUUUCAUUUUCCUUUAUCGGCGAGUUCUUGAUCCACUUGUGAGCAGGAUAAGAGACUCAAAAUCGAAAGGAUUGACCGAGCUUCAAAGAAUGGGUAUUGGUCUCGUGAUAGCAAUAAUGGCAAUAGUUUCAGCUGGGAUUGUGGAGUGCUAUAGACUGAAGUAUGCGAGAAAAGAUUGCACACAUUGCGAAGGCUCUAGCACCUUGAGCAUCUUCUGGCAAGUUCCUCAGUUUGCACUUAUUGGAGCUUCUGAGGUUUUCAUGUACGUAGGUCAAUUGGAGUUCUUCAAUGCACAAACGCCAGAUGGACUAAAGAGCUUUGGAAGUGCACUCUGCAUGACAUCUAUAUCACUAGGAAACUAUGUGAGCAGCUUGCUGGUGACCAUGGUAAUGAAGAUUUCAACUCAGGAUAAAAUGCCUGGAUGGAUCCCAGGAAAUCUGAACAAGGGUCACCUAGAUAGGUUCUACUUCCUCUUAGCUGCUUUGACAACUAUAGACUUAGUUGUGUAUAUGGCGUGUGCUAGGUGGUAUAAGUGUAUCAAAAUGGAAGGAAAAUUUGAGGAGAACGUUGACGAUGAAGAAGAUAACUUGAAAGUCUGAUGUUUAGUAAACACCAACCAGACAUCAAAGCCUAGAGUACAACCGUAUAGAAGUAAGAGGGAGGCAUGGGGUAGCAAUAAGCAUAAGCAUUUUGUAGUGAGCUUCUGUUUGAAAAAGGGGGAAGAAUAAUUGGGUGUUAUGAGAGUGCAGUAAAUUACCUAUUUGCUGUACUCUUUAACACCUAAUUGCCCAUGUUGAUUCUGUUUUUAAAGUUAGGUUUGAUAGGUAUGAGUUUAAAGAGGGGUGGAUUAACUUUUGGUUUAAAGUCACCCCACUAAUUUGUUGGUUCUUACAAGCCAUAGAAUUGACCUGUGUUUGUUAGUAAUUUUAAGCAAAGUGGGCUCUCUUUGUAGAAUACUAAAAGUUACUGUAUAUGAGAGCUGCUCUUCGGACAAUGAUAAUAAAGUGCCUCCAUUCCCUUUCUUCUCAA